AUGACUGAAAGGCCUAUUUCUAUGACGCUUCUUCUUUUGCAGAUGAUGUAUUCUCUAGGGGUCGUGGAACCUGACCCUAAUACGGUUUCUCCACAAGCUGCUCGGCGUUUGCAAAAAGACCUCGAAAAGUUUAAACAGGUUGGUUUCUGGUUACGACAAAGUAUUAAGUUCAAGAGGUACAAAAAGUUUUAGGAACUAUUCUACUCAAAAAAAAAGAAAGAAUUUUCUCAUUAACGUGUAUUUAAUUAUCAAAUUCACUUCUUGAAAGCGUUAGGAAACAAUCUAGGCUCGUUGGUAGUACAAGCGAGUAAUACCAGCGAAUGGGAGCUGCGUGCAGCGAUGAGCUUAAUCUCUGCCAUCGGCCUUUGGAAAGCCGGAACCGUACUUUUUCCUACGACCUCUCUGGUACCUGAUAUUCUAGGAGCGAAAUUCACAACUUCUCUACCUAAGCCACAGUUUCUGCCGCCUUUUGAAAACACAGUAACAAAUCGAAAUCAAAAAAAGUCGAUUGCACAUGUAUUCUUACAUUAAAGAUGCAAUAAACAGUUUAUUUAAACUUCUUAAAAAGCUUUUUUGAAAUCUUCAAUAUUUUUUUUCAGGAACCCGCCGAUGGAAUCGAAGCUGCACCAUGUGAAGAGAAUAUUCUCGUUUGGCACUACUGUUUGAGAGGAUCUCCCGACACGGUUUACCAAGGUUGGCUUGUUUCCGACCGAAAAAAAGCAUUUGUGUUUUCCAGGAGGUUACUAUCAUGGGAAACUAAUUUUCCCUGUCGAUUUCCCUUGGAAGCCUCCCGCGAUCAUCAUGAUCACUCCUAAUGGGAGGUGGAGAAUUUUUCAAGAUUUUAAACCUAUUUUCGAUAUCAGAUUCCACCCGAAUAUGCGUCUGUGUCUCUCGAUCUCCGAUUAUCACCCCGAAUCGUGGAAUCCAGGAUGGACGGUCACAUCGAUCCUUGUAAGAGAAUUCUUCUUUAUUUUCUCAUAUUUUUAUAGGAUAUGAAUGGAAUCUAAUAAAGAUGUUUUUGCUUUUUUGGAAAAGUGGUGAGAAAAUAAGAUCAAAAGCUUAGACAUCACUGUAUAAAUUUGUAAUCUCCGGAAAGCGCCUUUGGAGCUUUCGGAUUUGGUUCGCAAGAAGUGUCGUAUCGUGUUGAUCAAGGAAUUCAAGGCCGCUUCCUAGCCAUUAAUGGCUUUGAUAUAGCGUAUCUGCGCCAGUAUGUCCCGCAUUUUUUUCUACAAAAAACUAUCGUUCAUCAAAUUAGACCACAUUUGAUCAGGCUUCGCUUUAAGACCUUAUUUGUUUGCUGUCUUUUUUGCUGUCUUGGGAAAGAAAAGUGGAAAAAAAAUUGUGCAUUCGCCUUUUUUUUCUGCUUUGCUUUGAAAACAAGUUCGUCUUGUACGGAACGCUCUAUUCAUUGUCCCUUCGAAAAACCUUUGAUUUUUUGUUCCUUUUCAGCGAGCUUGAGAAAAAUUUAUGAUUUUAGAGGGAAAAUCAUCUUUCAAAUUUUUUUUUGUUCUCAGGUUGGCUUGCACAGCUUCAUGAAUGAAGACGAUAUGGCUGCAGGAACUGUGAACGAGCCUCCAGAGAUUUGCCGCCAACACGCUGCUUCCAGCAAAGGAUACAACUUAGCCGUUGGUUAUCCCUUUUUGACAGUUCCCACGGUUUCGAGUUCAGAAUCCGGAGUUUGUUAAGAUGUUUCCUUCUCUGGCUGCCAGGUUCUCUAAAGAGCUCGAGCAAAUGGCUAAAAAGAAGCAGGCGGCCUUAUCUACAACGGUACGUCAUCUGAUCAGUGUUUUUCAAAAUUGCUUGCCUAUGGAAGUUCAGCUAUCGUACUCAGACCUCUUGGCGGAUAUAAGUGUAUAACAGGAAUUACCUUUAGAGAUUACUUUGAAAUGGACCGACUGGUCUAUUUUUCUCCCCCUCGAUGUCAGAGUACACAUAAUUUGAUUUCACGGACCAGAGAAGAAAAAAAGAAGAAGAUGAUUUUCAUGUUUUAUUUUCAAAAAUAUUUUUAACCUCUUCGCUGUUAUUCAUAACGGCUUAGGCAAAAACUUUUUUUAUGUCAACUAAAAAAAUAUUUUUUUACCUCAGUCGUUUUUUUGCCGAUUUUUUUAAGUUGGGUUUUAGGUUGAUGAGCCAGUGAAGAAGAAACUAAAAACCGGCAUUGCGAAAGCUAAGGCAGACGAAGUUCAGGGAGAAGGUCUUACCAAUCGGCUCGGCAACGCUGUGGAAGACGACGACGUCAUCGUUCUCGACUAA